AUGGCGGCGCUGAGACACUCUCACAAUAUUCCUGAUCAUCGUUGGGAUACUGCUUUACGUAUUGCAUGUUCUACGUUUAAUUUAAAUGAAUUUUAUCCUGAACAAAUAGAGGCGUUGCAGGCGUACUUUUCAGGCCAACAUGUGUAUGUGAACUUGCCUACUUCGUUUGGAAAGUCCUUGAUCUUUCAAGCAGUCCCGUUGAUUUAUGACAUCGUAAAACUUCGAGCGAAAGGCACAAGUAUUAUGGUCGUAAUUUCUCCUUUAAAAUCACUCAUGGAAGAACAGGUUUCAUUCUUAAAGGAAUUAGGAAUACCUGCCGUUUGUAUUACGGACGAAUCGAAAGACAAUGUAAUAGAAGCCGUGAUGCAAGGGCGAUAUUCUCAUGUAUAUGCCUCUCCCGAGUGUCUCCUUUCCACUAACAAGUGGAGAGGAAUAUUUGCUUAUAAAGCGUUCGUAGAAAAUCUUGUUGGAGUUGCUGUAGACGAAGCACACUGUAUUCACCAGUGGUAAGUCUAUUACUAAAGUCUUUAUUAUUUAUAUUUAUAUCAACAGUGACAAUCAAUACUUCUUAAAUUGCUUUAUUAUUCUUCCCAGAUCCAUUCUUCCAAAUGAUUGAAAUAUUAAGCACUUCAAAUUAAGAAAAUUUGGAGUACACUAGUGUUAUGCUGCUAAUUUAAGCACACAAGUGAAAGUCCGUUUUCAGGGGCUGAUUAUAUAGAGGUGAGUUACCCGGCUACAUGAGUUGAAAACUACAUAUAAUGAAAGACCAAUGAUCUAAACCCUUUGAUCAACUCGCUUAGCCGGGUAACUUGCCUCGAUAUAAUAAGGGCCUUAGCUUCCAUAAUUAUUGUCAACUUUUGAAUGAUUUGUUUAAACUGGAGAGUUACAUCUUCCCCACCCCUCCCUUAAGUUUGCCCCCAGUCAAUAUGGUAUGCUUGUCGGUAUGGUAUGGUAUGGUAUGGUAUGGUAUGGUAUGGUAUGAUAUGAUAUAGUAUUUACUUACAGCAUCAUCUAUAUUUAACAUUUUAGGGGUUCAUCAAAUGAUGGGCUUGGGAGACAAAGCAUACCAUUUCGACACUGGUAUGGUAACUUAGGUGAGCUGAGAUCUUUAGUGCCAUCAUGUGUAAAGUUUUUAGUAUUGACAGCAACAGCAACAAAGUUGACAACAGAAUAUAUUUUCAAUUGCCUACAACUUCCUAUAAAGGAUACCUAUACUGUUCAAAGAAGUCCCAACCGGCAGAACUUACGGUACAGUGUUCAGUAUGUAGACAUCAACAUGCCUCUUGAGAUGGUUUUUUCAGGGCUUAUUGAUGAGCUUUAUAAGAAUGGAGUUGAAGCAGACCGCACCUUGAUAUAUUGCAGAACUCGCAAACAAUGUGCAUUAAUAUAUAGAAUGUUUGAAUUAAACUUAAAAGGAAACUUUUACCAUGGCAGCCCAAAUCCUCAGAACAGGCUUGUGGAAAUGUACCAUGCAGGCACCCCAGACUUGGUUAAACAACACAUAGUUAAUGACCUUGGAGACGAAGAAGGUCACAUCCGUGUCUUAAUUUCUACUAUUGCUUUUGGCAUGGGUGUGAAUUGCAAGUGUGUUCACCAAGUUAUCCACUUUGGACCCUCUAAAACUUUAGAGUCUUAUGUACAAGAAAGUGGAAGAGCUGGACGUGAUGGAAAGCCUAGCAAUUGUAUUGUAAUGUACAAUGGAUUACUUUCUACGUACUGCUCACCAACAAUGAAAAAGUUUCUUGCAAAUGAAAACUUGACAUGCCUACGGCAAUUGAUAAUGGAAGAGUUUGGCUAUAGUUAUAGCAAUAUUGGUGUUCUUCAUCAAUGUUGUGACAUUUGUGCAGUAAAUUGUAAAUGUGGAAGUGCAAAAUGUGGUAAAAUGUCCCUUGUCACCAGUCAUGAUGUCAACACAGAGUCCUUAAAACAUUUGGAUGGGUCAUGUGCAGUGAGAGCAGUAAAUUCAUCUGACAAGGCCAAAUUGAAGGAACUUCUCAUAAAAUUUAAGAAGGAAUUGAUAGAGAAAGAGAUAUCUGGCAUGACAUCAACUGUUGGUGUACCAAAUGUUUUUCUGGAAUUUGGUUGGCUUCAGAUCAUACAAAUCUUACAAACAUGUCAUAAACUCUUUACAGUGGAUGAUGUGUUGCAAAAUGUUGAAAUAUGGCGAAAGCAUCAUGCAGUUGCUGUAUUGGAUGCAGUUGCACAAAUAUUUGGUGACAUCACAGUUGAACAUGAUAUGUCAAUGUUUAAUGAGGAUCAUAUUGACAUUGAAAUGGAUUGGGAAGAACUAAGGGAUGAUUCAAGCUUUCAUGAGUUUUUAGAUAGCCAUGAAUUUCAGUUUGAUGAAACAGAGACAACAGUUGAGUCAAAUGAAGAUGGAAAUGAUAGCUUUCUUGAAAAUCUUGCUGUCAUGAAUGAACACUAA